AUGUCGUGGCAGACGUACGUCGACGACCACCUGCUGUGCGAGAUCGAUGGCCAGCACCUCAGCGCCGCCGCCAUCGUCGGCCACGACGGCAGCCCCUGGGCGCAGUCCGAGGGCUUCCCCCAGUUAAAGCCUGAGGAGGUUGCUGGGAUCAUUAAGGACUUUGAUGAACCCGGUACUCUAGCACCAACUGGUCUUUUCGUUGGAGGUACAAAGUACAUGGUGAUCCAAGGUGAACCUGGAGUUGUCAUCCGAGGAAAGAAGGGCACUGGAGGCAUUACUAUCAAGAAAACUGGCAUGGCCUUGAUUAUUGGUAUCUAUGAUGAGCCAAUGACUCCGGGGCAAUGCAAUUUGGUGGUGGAGAGGCUCGGCGAUUACCUGGUCGAACAGGGCUUCUAA